AGCCCGAGGGUAAGUGGGACCCCCGGAACGGACACCUACUCAGCCUUUAUUCCCGGGCACCGGCACUUCCCUGAACAUCCAUUUCCGGGCACCGGGACCCCCCUGCACCCUCUCCCUCAGCACCGGGACCCCGUGAAUCCCGAUUUCUGGGCACGGGAACCCCCUGAGCCCCCAUUCCCGGAAGGAGACCCCCCUGAACACCGAUUACCGGUUCUCCACUCCAUGCGUUACCUGGAGGUGGCGGUGACGGAGCCCAGCCCGGGGAUCCCUCAGUUCAUGGUGUUGGGAUACGUGGACGGGAUCCCCUUUGAGCGCUACGACAGCGAGCGGGGCCGGGUGGAGCCGCUGACGCCGUGGAUGGCGGCCGGAGCCGAGCCGGAAUAUUGGGAUAGAGAGACCCAGAUCGACAAGGGGAACCAGCUCGUGGCUGCCUACAAACUGGAUGUAGGGCGGGAUCGGUACAACUGGAGUGGGGGUCUCCACACUUGGCAGCGGGUUGCUGGCUGUGACCUCCUGUCCGACGGGAGUGUCCGUGGAUUCUAUCGGUACGGCUACGACGGGCGGGAUUUCAUCUCCUUCGAGCUGGGAUCCGGGAGCUUCGUGGCGGCCGAUGGAGCUGCCCAGAUCACCAAGAGGAAAUGGGAAUCUGAUGGGAUCAUGGCGGAGAGACAGACACAUUACCUGGAGAACACCUGUCCAGAAGCGCUCCGGAGAUUUGUUGGAUUCGGGCGGGAGGUGCUGGAGCGCAAAGAGCCCCCCGAUGUCCAUGUGUCUGGGAAAGUGGAACACGGGAUCCUGACGUUGUCCUGCCACGCGUACGGAUUCUACCCCGGGAUGAUCGGGAUCAACUGGCUGAAGGGGGAUGAACUGCGGGAUCAGGAGACGGAGUGGGGCGGGAUCGUUCCCAACAGCGACGGCACCUUCCACAGCUGGGCCAGGAUCGAGCCCUUCUCCCCCAGCCCUGGAGCAGCUCCCCGGGCCGGCUGA